UAAGCAAAAGAAAUGAAAAACCAGGUCGAAGAGAGAUUCUGCGAGUUCUUUGAGAGGUGGAUAUGUCAACUCGACGACUAUUUUCACCAACUCAUGCAAAUACUAUCAAACGAACGAGUUAAAACAGUUACCACCACUCAUUACUGUGAUAAUCAACAAGAAUUACAAGCUUUAAUCCCUAAAGUCACACAGCAUCACAAAGAAUACUACGCUAUGAAAUGGGCUUUAGCUCACGAAGACGUUUUUGCUUUUUUCUCUCCCGUUUGGCUUUCUCCUCUAGAGACUGCUUGCUCUUGGAUUACCGGUUGGAAACCUUCUGCUGCGUUUAAACUCGUGGACUCGCUGAGAGCAAAUAAUCAGAGUACCCUAGCUGAGUUGACUCAUGACCAGGUCAGUCAAAUCGAGGAGCUGAGGAUGAAGAUAAAAUCAGAAGAGGAGAAAGUGGAGAGGGACAUGGAGAGGCAACAAGUGGCUAUAGCAGACAGGAAGAUGGUGGAAUUGUCGAGGUUGGUUUUUGAAGUGAGUGGUAAUCAAGUGAGUCAAGUAGAAGAACUGGCCCGAGUUGCUUUGAAUGGAUUAAUGGCGGAACUGGAGGAAGUUAUGAAAGCUGCAGAUUGUGUGAGGUUUAGGGCUUUGAAAGGGAUUUUGGAUGUUUUGAGUCCUUUGCAGUGUGUGGAGUUCUUGGCUGCUACUUGCAUGCUUCAUAUUAAGCUGAGACAAUAAGGAAAGAAAAUAAAUAGUAUUAUUAAUAUUUAGGGUUUCUUGUGUUUGUUAUUAGGUUUCUUGUUUAUGAAGUUUGAGUGUGUUUUUCAGUGAGUUUUCUUUUCCAGAAAAUGGUUUCUGGUUUUUGGUUUGCUCUAUGGUG